AUGAAUAUGUUGGAUGAUGAAGAUGACCAAAGCUUUCACGCUACGCGUGACGGCUACUCCCAUUUGAGCGAUGUCGAAUGGGAUGCGGUUGAACGAAUGGGUUCAACCAUGGGCAUCCAUGCUGUUAGCGUCAUGCUAGAGGCUCUCAGUAGAGAUGCCCAACAUGCUACUAUCACCAAGUUCAUUCAAAAUGAACUUGACGCAGAACGCGAGAAAGUAGCCUUGCUUCACCAACAAGGUUCUCAACAAGCAGAGUUGUUGAGAGAACAGGGUGCUCAACAGUUUGAACUGUUGAGACAGCAGCAGGCUGCUGCUGGUGGGUCGAUGCAUUCGCGUCGACCCGAAACCUUGAAGAUUGACAUCUCCAAGUAUAGGGGAGUCGAAGAGGACUCCCUCUAG